AUGGAACAUGCAGAUGGCUCGUUCCUGGACCACCUGCAGUUCUGUUACGAGUACUGCGCGGCCCAUUUUGAAGGCCAUUCUCCGCGUGUCCUAUUCCUGCACAGCAUCAUGGGAGUUGGCACGAACUACUUCCCAAUGAAGCUGGACCUCGUGCCAAAGUUGCAGACGCUGGUGUCAGACGAGGAGUUUAAGCAUAUCGAGGCAUUCCCAAGCAUUCUGCGCUUGAUGCUGCACUUCGAUUUUAUUCAAGAGCUUGAAAGUCAAGGCCCUGUGCGAUUGGCGAGUGCCUUUGACGGAGUUUCCUUCAGACGCGUUAUUGACAACAAGCAGCUUGGCAAGCAAUCACUCAGCAUGUAUUUCGUACUCCCCUGGCUUGCCUCGAGUGACGCGAGUGCAUUUGCAAGGGCUGUGAAUCUUGCAGGAUAG